AUGGGUAACAUAAGGUUAAUGAUAGGCAUCAGUGCUAUCGCAAGUGAGCAUUGGGACGAUAUUUUAUUCUCCGACACCGUAUCAAAAUUCCCCGCCUACGAGCGGGUCGUACUAAAACACCCGGGUUUCACGCGACCCGUCAUUCUCUUCGGACCAAUCGCGGACGUGGCCAGGGAUAAGCUUCUGAAAGAUUUUCCCGACAAGUUCAUUUCGCCGCAGCUCGAUAGCAAUUUGGACGAUUCAAAACCGCAAAAGAUGUCCUCCAACAUUAUUCGACUGUCCGCAAUUCGCGAGGUGAUCUCUACUGGAAAACACGCGCUUCUCGACAUCACGCCGAAUACCGUCGAGCGGUUGAACUACGCCCAGCUGUAUCCGGUCGUCGUGUUCUUCAAGGCGGAAAGUAAGAUAAUCAUAAAACAAAUGCGGCAAGGUUUACCAAAGUCGGCGCACAAAAGUUCCAAGAAGCUUUUGGAGCAGUGCCAAAAGCUGGAUAAGGUGUGGAAUCACAUAUUCUGCUCGACGAUAACCCUAAACGAUAACACUGACAAUUGGUACAGAAAAGUACGCGAGAUAAUCGACAAGCAACAAAGCGGUGCGGUUUGGAUGAGCGAAACUAAGCUGGGCAUUGACUUAUUUACAGAUUUCUAUUUUCCCAUCGCUUACCUCUCGACGCGAAGUAGCAAUUCCCUACCCAGUCGUCAACGUUCCAAACCCAAAAAGCACUCCAAACGCGCCCCCCUCUCAAUGUACAGCAACCCCCAAUACCUACCCGUUUCCAAACCUCUGUAUCACGUGCCUAGCGAAUGCAGCGUAUGCAAUCAUCAUUACGCGAACGAAUAUUAUCCUGAAGAAUCAUUAUCCGAUGACUUCCUAUUCCCAAUGUCAUCGCUGCGUUUAUCGUACGCGAGCUCGCCGGAAAGCGAUCUUGAGCACAGCCCGGGCCCGCCCGUAUCGACGGGACUGUCCGGCGGCGGUAACGGCAAUGCGGGAAGACUCACAAAGGCCAGUUCGGAUCCGAGCGUUGUUAUGCCGGACAGUAGCACAACCGAUGUCUUACCACCGUAUCAACCCACUUACGAUACACGAUACGGAUUCGGAAAUCAAAGCAAUUCGGAAUCGCAGCUUCCCCCCAGUACCCCGCCCAAUCCGACGAAUCAAGGCCCGAACCUAACUCCCGAGGUGCCAGGAAAUUUGGACCCUCAAAAUCCCUACAAGCAGAGUGGUUUAUAUUCCCACUCCAAUGAUUACUCGAAGGAACCGCGGAAUGACUACAUCAAAGAAGGCCAUAAGAGACAAAGUAGUACUUUACAUGGGAUGUUCAAUCAUUCGAAGGGGAAUAGCUUAAACGAACAGAACCCACGCAGUCCGAAAGAUGAACGUAUGUACGCCACCGCGCCGGAUCUGCCGCCGCGGGUCGACCGAGCGGUAAAACCAAUUGGACUUUUGGUUACACCGACAAAGACUAAUGGCCGAUCCGCCCACGAACGCUUGUUUGGGACGAAGCCUCUCCAACAAAGCGAUAGUAACGAGCAAAAUAAUAACGCGGAAAGCUUUAAUAAUAAAUUAGGCUCGUUGGAAAGGAGCGUGAAUUCGAAAUCGGAUUCGCUGUCAAGUUACGACUCCUAUAAACAGCAACUUCCAGAUAACCCGACAACACCAUCAAAGUACCCUGCAAGAUGGGAUCAAAAUAAUCACAGACACGAUCGGCUGGGCUCCAAGUUAGAUCUGAAGUACGCUAUGGGGGUCAACAAUGUUAACGAUCACCCUGACCAAAGUCCGCGUAAUUCGCACGAGGUCGAUAAAGAGUCCUCACCUCUCGAUCACCUCAACCCGCGCAUGCUUUCGGAACGAGAUCGACAAGAAAUGUAUAGAUCGCCAGCAAAACAGAAUAGCUUCACCAAGACCUACGUUGAAACUAAGACUGAUUAUGGAAAGUAUAGCCGCAACAACAAUUCGCAAGACUACACGCGCACCUCCCAUCAAGACUUGACGCAAGCUCAACUAACAGUCCACAACGUGCCUCCCCAUCAUCACAAUCAGGUGAAAAACAACUACCACCACUCCAACGGGUUCGAGCACCAAAAUGGCCCCCCAAACGCGUACAAGCCCGUUCCUCCCCCCAAACCCAAAAACUACAAGCCGCCAUACAAGAACCAAGGUUACGGACCGAACGAUGGCAUCCUCCAACCGUCGGUGCCGUACCAGCACGCUAAGAGUUACAGCAAUUCGAUGCAAGAUCAGCGGUCGCCCACAAUGAACAGCAAACACGACUAUUACUACAACAUGCCGCCCGCGAACAACUGGCACACCGAAACCGCGGUCAGAUACAACUCGUCCGUGCACGGACCGUACGAUAUGGCGCCGCCGUACGACUCGCAUCGUCACACGAACAUAUCGUACGCGUCGCGCAGCGAAAUAACGCCGAUCUCGCAGCGCGACAACUCGUACAGCAUGGAGAGCGCGGACGUCGUCGAGGCGAGACUACCCGAACGCCACAACAUCGUCGACCUGCAAGGCUCGCGGGAGCAGAGGGGGUCGGCGUUCGAGCUCUACCGUAAACCCAUGCAUCACAACAUGAGGAUACUGUAUUCUUUAGACGUUUGAAGUAGAUUGGUAUGU